CCAGAGAGCCUUGGCUGGCUCUGCCUCAGUGACACAGUUUCCUGACAUGUACCUGGAGAGAUGGGUGUGGGCAGAGCCAUGGGGAAAGGAGCCUCAUCAGACUGACCCUGUGGUCCUGGGCUAGCCUCUGUUAAGUGGCAGUUGCAUAUUGGCACCCAGGAGAAAUCCAUGGCAUUUCCUGAACUCCUGGACCGAGUAGGGGGCCUGGGCAGGUUCCAGGUCCUCCAAGUUGUGGCUCUGGUGACCCCCAUUUUAUGGGUCACCAGCCAGAACAUGCUGGAGAACUUCUCAGCGGCCGUGCCCCGACACCGCUGUUGGGUGCCUCUUCUGGACAACAGCACUGCCCAGGCAAGUGCUGGGAACUUGGGGCCUGAUGCCCUUCUGGCCAUUUCCAUCCCACCUGGUCCUGCUGAGCAACCCCACCAGUGCCGCCGCUUCCGCCAACCUCAAUGGCAGCUCAUGGAGCCCAACACCACGGCCACCAACUGGAGUGAUGCUGACACUGAGCCAUGUGAAGAUGGCUGGGUCUACGACCACAGUACCUUCUUGUCCACAAUCGUGACCACGUGGGACCUGGUUUGUGAUUCCCAGGCCUUGAAACCCAUGGCCCAGUCCAUCUACCUGGCUGGAAUCCUGAUAGGAGCAGCAGUGUGUGGCCAUGCCUCAGACAGGCUCGGGCGCAGGAGGGUGCUGACCUGGAGCUAUCUUCAGGUGGCUGUGUGCGGCACGACAGCUGCCUUCAUCCCCAUCUUCCCCCUCUACUGCCUGUUCCGUUUCCUGGUGGCCUUUGCAGUGGCGGGUGUCAUGAUGAACUCAGCCAGUCUCAUGAUGGAGUGGACAUCAGCCCGGGCCCGCCCCUUGAUGAUGACUUUGAACGCCUUGGGUUUCAGCUUCGGGCAUGUCCUGACAGGCUCUGUGGCCUAUGGUGUGCGCAACUGGAGGAUGCUGCAGCUGGUGGUUUCUGCUCCCUUCUUCCUCUACUUUGUACAUUCAUGGUGGCUUCCAGAAUCAGCACGCUGGCUCCUCACAGUGGGCAAGGUGGACCAGGGCCUGAAGGAACUACAGAGGGUAGCUGCUAUCAACAGGAAGAAGGCAGAGGGAGACACAUUGACUGUGGAGGUCUUGCGGUCAGCCAUGCAGGAGGAACUAAGUGGGAACCAAACUCGUGCCAGUCUAGGCACCCUACUCCAUACACCUGGGCUCCGCCUCCGAACCUUCAUCUCCAUGCUGUGCUGGUUUUCCUUUGGCUUCACCUUCUACGGCCUGGCCCUCAACCUGCAGGCCCUAGGAAGCAACAUCUUCCUGCUCCAAAUGCUCGUUGGGGUUGUGGACCUCCCUAUGAAGAUAGGCAGCCUGCUGCUGCUCAAAUGUCUGGGCCGACGUCUCUGCCAGGCCAGCUCCCUGGUGCUGCCAGGAUUCUGCAUCCUGGCCAACAUACUGGUGCCCCGUGAGAUGGAGGCCCUUGGUUCAUCCCUGGCUGUGCUGGGGCUGGGGUCACUGGGGGCUGCCUUCACCUGUGCCACCAUCUUCAGCAGUGAACUCUUCCCCACUGUGCUCAGGAUGACAGCAGUGGGUUUGUGCCAGAUAGCAACCAGAGGGGGAGCCAUCCUAGGGCCUCUGGUGCUGCUGCUGAGUGGCUAUGGCUUCUGGCUGCCCCUGCUGGUGUUCGGAGUGGUGUCAGUGCUAAGUGGACUGGCUGCACUGCUACUACCUGAGACCAAGAACUUGCCACUGCCUGACACCAUUCAAGACAUCCAGAAACAGUCAGUGAAGAAGGUGACACAUGACACAGCAAGCCAGUGCAUCCUGAUGUCUACACGGCUGUAGCCUCCUGGAGAGUCUAUGAUAGGCCUGGAGGAGGAGGAGCAUGAUGGCAACAAGAGGAAGAAAAGAAAGAGAGGGAGAGAGAAGGGGAAGGGUAGAGCUGGCAAUGGCGGGUAAACGUGCCUGCCCCAAGCCUGAACAUAUGAAUUCCAUUCCUGGAGCCCGCAUGGUGGAAGGGAGAGAACC